GAGGAGGUGGUUGUGAACCACAUGGUGUGUAAGAUGGUGGAGAACGUGUGUACCCCGGCGUCUCACUACGCCCAGGGCUUCAUCACCGGGGAGAUUGGCCCCAUGCUCUGGUACCUGUUCACACACUCCAGCGUCGACUCACUACGCGUCAGCGCCAUCUCAGCCCUGUGCAGAAUCACCCGCCUCUCAGCCAGUGCCUUCCAGAGUGUGAUUGACAAGGUGGGGCUGCCAGCCAUCUUAGCCAGCCUGGUGUCGGGGAUCAGCCGUGUCCAGCAGCACAUACUCACCAUGUUCUCUGCCAUGCUGGCGUCAGGGGCCCACGCCCAGCUACACAGACUAGUCCAGGAGCGGCCCUGUGCCAUCUUCUUCAGCACUAAACAUCUCAUCUGGCCCGGCACCGCCGCCCUCUCCCUAACCUCUUACAGAUAA